AUGGCGAACGAGAGAAGCAUUCUCAUCGAGUUCACUCAGGACCAAGUUAUUUACUUCAACACGAAUGGCUUUCAACUUUGCUUUACUGCUGGUAUGGGAGACAACGACAAUUUUAACGUGAUCGCCUACGCAGAUACUAUUGCUCAAAACGUUAGUAUAAGUUGGGCAGACGAGUUCUCCAUUGCAGCUACUAAGACGGAGUUCAGGAAUGGAGCCAGAAUCACCGUCAACACGGGGUCGACGGCCAUCACGAAGAAUCAAACCUACACGCUCCCAGCAACUUGGGCGAAUGGAACGAUUUCCCCUGAAACCCACCCGGAUGGGGCCUUCAAGAUGGUUAAUUUGACCUCAGGCAGAGCCUCAGCAGUAGUCUACAAAAAGGUCAACGGUAAGGCCACGCCAUUCUACAUCAGCUCCGUUGCGAUCGAGCCCCAAGGCAGUGAGAUGAUGUCUCCCAAAGCCAACGUCAGCCUGUGGUUUGAGAAGAACGUUGAUACUGGGACCAUGGUUUCGAAGAACUCGGGGAAUGCUUCCGUGUUCGACUUCCGGGGUGUUAGUUCGAAGACCGUGCAUUAUGACUCCGGUCGGUUCGUGGAGGGGGGAAUCAAUCACAAAAAGUAGGGGCUGACGCGAUGAGGCACGGCUCUAGCCAGCAGUAGGGAAGCGUAGUUCCCGUGUGCUCCCACAUCCAUCUCAUGGCCGUCCCAGUACGGUAUCAUCUGGUGCCGAGUCUGGCCCAACGUGCUAGCAGUUCACAUCACACUCAUUUCAGAAUGGCAUCAUUUCCAUUCACAUUCAUACACCGCGACUGCCAUACACUCAUUAACCUCUUAGGCGGCAAUCUGU